UUUUGUGAUGGAACGGAAAAUGGCGGCUGUUUAGAGACGUUCAUGCCGAUAGGUUUUGCAGUUCUAGUUACACAGAGAAAAUGUUUUUCUAUGGCUGAGCUCGUUCGGCUACAGAUAUCUGUUUUUAAAUAACCCGAGGAUAUGUUUGGGAUUCUGUCGGAGGACAUUUUGAACUCAGCAGACCAACACUGGCUCGGAUUAGAACAAAGCUUCCGUUGAUCUUGAAUUUAAAGAAACUAUAUAACUUAUUGUUCCCGCUAACUUCUAGACUAUGAUGUAACCGAGUCGGACUGCUUUUUUUCCUUUUUGCAUCUUUUUAACCGCUUUGGUAAUUCACUCUAAAUCAAAGCGGAGUCAGCCAAACUCUCUGUAAGCUCUGUUAUUUUAAUCUUUUUAAAGAGUCUUGGAUUGCAGCCAUUUAGGUCCAUACUUUUUAGCGGAUUGUUUACAACCAAAGAGCCAUGUGGCCCUACGGUGCAGGUUAAAGGUCUUCUUUGGUGGUUCUUUACUUCUUCAAUAGAGAGAAGCCAGUCGUUCCAACUGAAUAUGGAUGAUUCAAAGCCUCGGUUCAGCAAAAGGCUGCGAGCCGGUACUCGAAGGCGUUACCAUGACGAUGGGAUCUCAGAUGAGGAGAUUGAUGGGAGAAGGAUGUUCAGCUUGGAGGAGAAAGUCAGAAGCGAAAAGUUCAGUUCUGAUCGAAUCAUUCGCAUGGAAGGAAAAGAUUUUACAUACGAGUUCGUCCAGAAAGGUGGCCUGAGAGACCCGAUCCUGUUUGAGAAGCCUGAAGGCCUGGGAAUCAAGAUGCCAGAACCUGAUUUCAGUGUCAACGAUGUGAAGACGUUUGUUGGUAGCAGACGCAUGAUAGACGUCAUGGAUGUGAGCACCCAGAAGGGGACAGAGAUGUCCAUGGCCCAGUGGACGCGUUAUUAUGAGACUCCGGUGUCUCAGAGAGAGAAACUCUAUAAUGUUAUAAGUCUUGAGUUCAGCCACACCAAACUGGAGAAUUUGGUUAAAAGACCAACCACAGUGGAGCUCAUAGACUGGGUGGACAACAUGUGGCCUCGUCAUUUAAAAGAGAGGCAGAGGGAUUCAACCAACUCCAUCAAUGACAUGCAGUAUCCAAAAGUCCAGAAAUAUUGCCUGAUGAGUGUUCAGGGUUGCUACACAGACUUUCACAUCGACUUUGGCGGGACGUCAGUCUGGUACCACAUUCUCAAAGGGAGGAAGGUUUUCUGGCUGAUCCCUCCGACGGAUCCAAGCCUGGAGCUGUAUGAGAACUGGGUUCUGUCUGGGAAGCAGGGGGACAUUUUCCUGGGAGAUCGAGUGUCUGACUGUCAGAGGAUCGAACUGAAGCCGGGCUGUACGUUCAUCAUACCCUCAGGCUGGAUUCAUGCGGUUUACACUCCCGUGGAUUCGAUUGUAUUUGGAGGAAACUUCCUGCACAGCUUCAACAUCCCCAUGCAGCUAAACAUCUGCAACAUUGAGGACAGAACUCGGGUUCCUGUGAAGUUUCGCUGCCCGUUCUUUUACGAGAUGUGCUGGUACGUGUUGGAGCGGUACGUCUUCAGUCUGACAAAGACGUCCUACUUCACCGCUGAGUUUCAGAAAUACUCACUGGGCACAGAGGAGGAUUCUGAUAAGAACGAAGAGUCUGAAAAGUUUCCAUCCAAAGUCCAUUUGACUCCGCUGGAGCUGGAGGGUCUCUGGAGUUUGAUCAGCAAACUGGAGGCGCUGCCGUCGAGCAAAAGGAGCGUCCCUCCCGGGAUCCAGAAUGCUUCAACUCUCAUGACACACAUCAAGGCUUUACUGAAGGAACAUGCUAAUGACAACCCUAAACUGUCCUACACUGGAAAACCGAUUGUGAAGUGGGCACCCAGGCCUUCGUGGUAUCAGCCGCCUCCUCCGCCUCCACCGCCACCAGCUCCUCGUCCUAAACCGCCCUCAGCGACCUCCAUGCAACGUCCGCAGAAACCCUCCUCCUCCAUGUCCUCCCUGAGGCGCCGCAGAGUCAGAUGUAAGCGCUGUGAGGCGUGUAUGAGAGCAGAGUGUGGAGACUGUAACUUCUGCAGAGACAUGAAGAAGUUUGGAGGACCUGGGAAACUCAAGCAGACCUGCGUGCUGCGGCAGUGCCUCUCGCCGGGCCUCCCGCUGUCUGCAGUGUGUGAAAUCUGCAAGGAGCCGAACCAGGAGGAAACCGGAGACGCUUCCCUCACUCUGAUGGAGUGCUCCAGCUGUGCUCAGAUUGUCCAUCCUGCCUGCCUUACAGUUCAGGGCGACGGCGUCGUGAAUAAAGACCUGCCCAGCUGCUGGGAGUGUCCAAAGUGCGUCCAGGGCAUCACCGAUCGAGAGUGUAAAGGUGACAGAGGCGAUUCAUUGAAAAGGAAAUCUUCAUCGCUGCUCGAUGCUCGAAUUGCUAAAAUUUACAGACGACAGCUCCACAGCCAGGAGGGCGACGACUCGGGGAGUGAUGACGACGAUCACGUGUCUCACAGAAGAAGAAUGGGCCACUCGUCCAGAAGGUCGUUUGGCGCCAGCAGGAGGGGUCUGUCGCGGGGCGGCUUGUCCCACAAGGGGAAUCGAGGCGGGUUUGUGUCAGGCGGCUCCAUGUCGGUCCUCAGGCUGAAGCGAGGGAUGGGAAUGAAGGAGGUAGGGCGCAGAGGGCGGGUCCGGCUCCGCGGAGGAUCCAGGAUGCAACGCAGGGGAGACGACUCCGAAGAGUCGGACGAUGACGAAGACGACGACGAGGACGACGACGAUGACGACGACGAUUACGACGAGGACGAGUGCGACAGCGAGGAAGAGAAGGACUAUCUGCGCCACAAACACCGGAGACGCAGGAGGGACUACGACGAAGAUGACGACAGCGAGGGGCAGGAGUUCGACCCCGAGGAAGAGGAAGUGGACACAGCAGAGGACGACGAGAUGAAAGGGGAGGACGACGAGGAGGACGGACGCUGGGAUUCGGACCCGGAACCGCCGGUGCUGCUGGUGUCCGAUCUGAACGACGACCUGCUGAGUGGAUCCUACCUCACGGUCACGCUGCAGCAGCCGCACAAGGCCAAGACACAGUCAGGCUCCAUCGUUCCAAAGUUGGAAGCGGCCAUGGGCUUAAGGUCAACUGGAGCUGCAGGAGGUCAGCAGGGCUUCAUCCAGAGAAAGGCGGCUCAUUCCAAACCGUCCAGGGCCCGAGGUUCUGAUCCUGCUGACUCUGUAACCCCGAGAGGACCGGGCAGGCCUCAUAUACGAGGAAACCAAGGAGACAAAAGCAGGAGAAAUUACUCGCCGUCUUCCUCAGAGGAAGAUCAGGCUGCUGCUUCUGCCGCCUCCCUCCCAUCGUCUCUACUGUCCCUGCCGUCCUUUAAGGAUGCAGGAAGUGAUCGGGGAGGGGAGAAGGAGGUCUGGGUGUCCGUCUUCAGCUACUUGAACAGAGCCGAUCUGCUGGCCUGCAUGACUGUCUGUAAAGCCUGGUACAAAUGGAGCUGUGACAAACGCCUGUGGAGUCACAUCGAUGUGAGUCGCUGCAGCCCGCUCAGUAACCAGGCGCUGGCAGGCAUCAUUAAACGCCACCCGACCUCUCUGGACUUAUCCUGGACGCCGCUGGCCAUGAAACAACUCAACUGCCUUCUCACCAGACUCCCAGGUUUGAGGGAACUCAGGCUGACUGGUCUGCCCUGGUCGUGUCUGUCUGCUCUGGUCUCUCCCACUCUGCCCCAGUUGCAGCUGCUGGAUCUGCGCUGGUGUGAAGGCAUUAAAGAAGCCCAGAUUAAAGAGAUCAUCACCCCACCUGACUUGGAGUCGUCCCGCAGCAGACUCAGGAACAUGGUGACGCUGCGUCUGUCCGGUCUGGAUGUGAGCGAGUCGACACUGAGGCUGCUGCAGCGCCACAUGCCCCAGCUGGAGGCACUGGACCUGGCUCACUGCAAGGACAUAACAGACUCUUGCAUCACCCUGCUGGCAGCUGCUGGGACUCACACCCGCAACAAUCUCAGCGAGAUCACGCUCUCUGGUUGCAACCAGCUGACGGACGGCUGCCUGCCUUACCUGAAGCGUUUCUCCUCUCUGACUCUGCUGGACCUCCGAGGCUGUAAGGGAAUCAGCAGACGUGCCUGCGAUGCUUUCAUCUCAGAUUUGUCCCACAUCGCCCUCUACUGUAUGAUGGAGGAGAAGCUCAUCCAACGCCUGGACUAACGCCACACUUUUUUUAAAAACAUCACCAAAAAGAGUGGCCUAGAAGUGACUUCAUUUAAUCACUGAUGGAGGUGGAUGGGAGUUCUCCCUUUUUAUUACAGCUUGUAAUUUAAAACAUUAAAAAGAAAGAUGGAGAGGAAUUUAUUACUUUAGUAUUUUCUUUGUAAACAGAGGAUAGGUGUUUGUGAAUAUUGUUUAUUUGAGCACUGUGCUAAAAUAAAAGCUUAGUAGUCCUAUGUAUGUUAUUUCUGUUCUAAUGGGAGUGGUCAUAAAGUUUUCACCAACAAAGCAAACUUGAUCAUCUUUUUUUUUUCUUAUUAAUGAGAAUUAUUGCUACAGCCAAUCUUACUCUGUUAGCUUGUUUACGUUCUCUUAAAUUUUCCCACACUUGCAUAGAAAAUGCAUUUUGAUUUGCAAUGCAAAGCAGACCAGAGUUCGACGGCACGGAGUCCUGCCAAAUCCUCUCAACCAGCAGGGUUUCACAACUGAAAUUUAAGGAUUUUUAAUAAACUUAAUCCUCAAUAAAGAUAAGUUUAUAAAUCUA